CGGCCCGCCAUAAUAACGCCCGGAGCCAAGCAAAGCCAAGCCAGCCGCGCCCAGGCCACCACCACCCGUUCCAUUCGCCCAGCGAACCACGAGAGCUCGCUCCGCCGCCGCCGGUUCCCUCGAGCGCGCGCUCUGCUCUUGGCCGUCACGAUGGCGACGGCAUGGGUGCGGUCCCUCAGCUGCAGGUCCUACGGCGUGGCGGACGCCGUCGUCGCGCCGUCCCCGAGCAAGAAGGCCCAGCCGCUCCUCCCUGCGUCGUGCGGCGCCGCGGCGGACGUCAGGGACUCGGUGGCGUCCGCGCGGCAGGCGUGGAAGCCGCGCCGGGAGCGGCGGAGGGACGGGCAGGAGAGGCAGCAGGAGUCGGCGAGGCCUCGGCCCAAGAAGAAGCCCAAGCAGACGGCGGCCGCGUUCAUGCCGUCGCCCGGGACCGCGCCCGCGCCCGCGAGCUCGGCGUUCCUGACCAUGGCGGAGCUGCCGGAGGGCCACUCGUCGCGGCAGGUGGUGGAGCUCAUCUUCUCGUCCGGCUGGGACCUGGCCGGCGCCGCCGCGGCGGCUCCGGAGGUGGAGGCGAUGUUCCGCGUGCACAGCGGCGCGCGGGCUGUGGCACGGUUCGAGGAGGCCAGGGCGGCGGCGCGCGCGCACGGCGCCGCGGCCCGGUGCGGCGCCGACGGCAACGAGAUGAUGCGCUUCCAGUGCCGCCCGGCCGCGGGCGCGGGCGUGGGCGGCGUCUUCGGUGCUGGCGUCGCCACCUGCCAGCUCGGCCCGUCCGGCUCCGCGGUGCGCACCUUCGCCUGCAGCGGCACCGCGCACGCCAGAGCCGCGCCGUCGCCCGGCGCGGUUCGCAGGGCCAUGCUGGUGUGCCGCGUCAUCGCCGGGCGCGUCCGGCCGGCGCAGGGCGACGACCCGCAGGCGCUCCGGCACCGCUCCUCGCACUACGACUCCGUGGACAUGGGCGACGGCGAGCUCGUCGUGCUGGACAGCCGUGCCGUGCUCCCCUGCUUCCUCAUCAUCUACAAGGUCUAGCCGCGCGCGCGCGCCAAAUUAACCGCCCAUCGUACCUAAUUACCAUUCUCUUUUUGUCUCUUGCUUAACAUUCCAGAGCCGGCAGGCGAUACUGCCACUGUGCCAGUACGUAGAAUUGACAGAGAUCAUCGACCCAACCCCUUGUGUAAAACAGUAAAAGAUUGCUUCUUCUUUCUC